CGCCUUCUCACGCCCCGACGUCACUUCCGGCGUGAAGGGCCGGGCUGGCCGGGCCGGGAGUGCGGGUCUUUUCUGUGUGCGCUGCCAGACUAGGCACCCGCCGCCGGUUGACCCGCGCUCCGCCCCGCAGCCGGGCCGGGACCCUGGUAGCUAAUGUCAGAGGAAAGUGAGUCUCUGCGAACCAGCCCCUCUGUGGCCUCGCUCUCCGAGAGUGAGCUGCCGCCGCCCCCCGAGCCUCCUGGCUAUGUGUGCUCGCUGACCGAAGACCUGGUCACCAAAGCCCGGGAGGAGCUGCAGGAAAAGCCCGAGUGGCGACUCCGGGAUGUGCAGGCCCUCCGAGACAUGGUGCGGAAGGAGUACCCCAACCUGAGCACGUCCCUCGACGACGCCUUCCUGCUGCGCUUCCUGCGCGCCCGCAAGUUUGAUUACGACCGGGCCCUGCAGCUGCUGGUCAACUACCACAGUUGCAGGAGAAGCUGGCCGGAAGUGUUCAGUAACCUGCGGCCAUCCGCCCUGAAGGAGGUCCUCAGCUCCGGCUUCCUCACGGUGCUGCCGCGCACGGACCCCAGGGGCUGCCACGUGCUCUGCAUCCGCCCAGACAGAUGGAUACCGAGCAACUACCCAAUUACCGAAAACAUCCGAGCCAUAUACUUGACGUUAGAAAAACUCAUCCAGUCUGAAGAAACCCAGGUGAAUGGAAUUGUGAUUCUUGCAGACUACAAAGGAGUGAGCUUAUCGAAAGCAUCUCAUUUUGGCCCUUUUAUAGCCAAAAAGGUGAUCGGCAUCCUCCAGGAUGGCUUCCCCAUUCGGAUAAAAGCAGUCCAUGUAGUCAAUGAACCCCGAAUAUUUAAAGGCAUUUUUGCCAUCAUAAAACCAUUUCUGAAGGAGAAAAUAGCAAACCGAUUCUUCCUCCAUGGAUCUGACCUGAACUCUCUCCACACAAACCUUCCCAGAAACAUUCUCCCCAAGGAGUACGGGGGCACAGCUGGAGAGCUGGACACGGCCACCUGGAACGCAGUGCUUCUGGCCUCCGAGGAGGACUUCGUGAGAGAGUUUUGCCAACCUGUACCGGCCUGUGACAGCAUCCUGGGCCAAGCGCAGCUGCCUGCGGGGCUGACUUCUGAUGCGCCGUGUGACGACUCUAUGCGAGCUGUGAAGUCCCAGCUGUACUCCUGCUAUUAGCCAGCCCGUGGGGUGUCACCAGGUUUCAAUCCUCUUCUCCUUUCCUCUUGUAGAAACUCAAAAGAACUUAAGUGCCAAGGCCUCCUUGUAAUGGAAAGGUAACAUGGAGGAAUGCCCAGGACAGCUCUGAGAGCCAGGCCAUCACGGGGAAAACAGCUUUGGUCACUUGGCUUGUUCCUGGGAUAUGUGGAAAAUAUUCCCAAUGUGAUUCCCAAAUAUUUGCACUCUGUGCAACUACUGAGCUAAGCCUAGUUCGUACUCAUCUCAGAAGCAAGAAAAGUCAGCACCAAGUUGCUUCAAUCCAGAUUUCCUGGAGAAAACCUGAUUGGCCAGUCGGCAACUCUUCUGAAACAGUUUGGCUAGACCUAUAAGGUGUGGCCUUGGGGAUCUUUGUUUUUCACAUGAACCUUAAGUGUACACCUGUUGCUCAUCAGGGAUCUUCAAGCCUGAAGUCUGGCCCCGUUUGCCAUCACUGGGUUUGGGAAGCACCUUAGGUGAUCAUGGAAACACCAGGACCAAGCAGCAUUUCCUGAUCAAAUCAGGAAGCCGGAGGCUUCAGAGCAUCCCUGGAUUCACUGGGCAAAACUUGCAAUAGAGACUUUUCCCCCAAACUUAUAACGCCUUAGCCGUGGUUCUCGGAAGAAUCAUACAGGGUCCUAGAAGGAUCUGGUUUUGUUUAAUGUAAAGUCAUGGAUGCUAGGCCUGUAUAGCUAAUGGAAUUCUCACUUAGGAAUCAAGAGACCUGAGCUCCAGUUGUGUGUGAGCCAGAUAAGGGCCAUAGUAGGCCUCAGCUUUCUCACCUGUAAAACUAGGCUGGCAAAAAUCAAGUUUUCUAGGGGUUGGGAAUUUAGCUCAACGGCAUAAGCACCUGCCUUGCAAGUAGGCAGUCGUGAGUUCGAUCCCCGGUACCGAUAAAAAGGAAAAAGACAAAAAAAAAAAAAAAAUUCAAGUUUUCUAACUAGACAGAUGAUGACUACCUGUCUAUGAAGAAGUGUUUUAGCCCAACUUUUCAUGAAAGUAGUAUGUCUGGCCGGGAAUAUUGUUCAAUGGCACAGUGCCUGCAAGGCAAGCACAAGGUUAUGAGUUUGAUUCCUGGCACUAAAACAAAAGGCAGUAGUAUGUGCAGCCAGGCAUGAUGGCGCACACCUGUCAUCCCAGCAUUCGGGAGGUCGAGGCAGGAGGAUCACUGUGUUCAGAUUGGGCUACAUAGUGAGUUCAAGGCUACCUGGAACUAUAAAAUGAAGUCCUGUCCAAAACAGCCUAAAAUAAAAAAGGGAAGGGUUGUAGCUCAAUGCAAAGGCCCUGGGUUCAACCAAAAAAACCGUAUGUACAUUCUGGAGCUCAGUGACACCAACUCCAUUUUUCCUUUCUCUAGUGAUGGUUAAACUUUAAGAGGACAGCUUUUGCCUGUAGUCUCAGCCACUAGGGAAGCUGAGGCAGAAUGAGUCAAAGUUUGAGGCCAGCCUGGAACUGACUGGUGAGACCCUGUCUUUAACAAAAGGACUUAAGGUCAGGCCUCCAGGUGAACGGACUUCAAUCUAGUAUGAAUUCCUGCUAUCCCAAGACACUCGUGGUAUAAUGUAAACCUGGCUAUGGUGGCUAUAAUACUUGGGCUCCUUUAAUUCAUCUUUGGAAAUGCACGGAGGGGCAGGUUAUUGCUGGGUCCCCUCCGAGGCCCCUGCGCUCCCACACUGGAGUUUCCUCAGCCUGAAUGAAUGUUCUCUACUUCAGCACUUUAGACCUUCCCUGUCCAAGACUUCAGCCUUAACCCAAGCACCAUAUUUGGUGGUUCAUUGGUGGCUUUCAACCUGUUUCCUUUCAUAUUUGUGUUUGUGAUUAUGGAGUUACCAGUGACAGGCGCUGCUUGCUGUGCUCACGCCUCCUCUGCACAUUACAUGGUGCAGGCAGGGCAGCCUGCUCGGUUAGAGAGCGAUACUGUUGGUCUGUGUCCCUUAGUCGUUCAUCUUUACAGCAAUUUAAAGCGUGUCUUGGUAAGUUUUUGGUAGAAACUAAUUUACUUACCUCAUUAAUGCUAAUUUUAUGGGCAGUCCUUUUUACCAUAGACACUAACCCUGGAUUCUCUAGCGGCCUAGCUGAGCCGGAAGUACCCGAACUACAGCCCUCGCUGCCCUUCGUUCCAUCUGACGAUGAUGGGAACAGUACUGCUAAAAGGACGUGACGGGGAUGGCCGAUGCAGACGUUCAGAACCCAGCAUCCUCAACGGAUGGAAGAAAUGGUGAGAGGCUUUUGGGCAGAGAAAACACAACAGCUCAGAAAACUCACAGGAGGAGGGACGGAGCACCUUGCUGGCCAGUUGCCUUUGUCUGUGUGACUUUAACACAGGAAUGGCCAGACUCAUAUGAAAUGUAUCAAAGACCAGAAAGGAGCUGGGCACAGUGGCACACACUUUUAUUUCCAGCUAUUGGCGGGGGCAGCUGCAGAGCAUCAAAAGCUGGAGAUCAGCCUGAGCCGCCAACUUAGCAAGGCCCUGUCUCGAAAUAAAUAAAAAAGUAAGGGCUGGGGAUGUACCUCGGUGAUAGUUUCCCUGGGUACAGUCUUCAAUUCAGAGGGAACGGGAAAAAAAAAAAAGACCAGAAAGGAUGUUGCCCAAUUUUCCUGGCCUCUCUGGUUAGACCCAGAAAGUGGUUUCUUUCAGCGUCUGAGAGAAGUCAGCCUGGUUGGUCUGCCUCCGGGGGAGCUGCUUUGCUUUAUUUUGGCUCCAAAGAGCCAUCAAAUAGUCCUGCGCCUCAGGAGGUUGGGACCAAGCUGUGAACCAGGACCGCCCUGGUGCAGACCAAGGCAGGGUGCUUGUGCCAACCAGCAGGGCGGCACUGAGCCAUACUUAGUAGAAGACCUCCAGGAGAGCUAACAAGCAAACACUGAAAACUGGGGAGUGAUUUCCACCAAGGAGAAGUUGUUUCACAAACACCUGGAAAUUAAUUUUCUGUACAUUCAUGGUAGUGCACUGGGAAGAAAGAGGAAGCAAUAAUAAAUUAGAAUUGAGCACCAGCGUGGCCUGCUAGGUGGCCCUGAGUGAGUCCCCUUCCCCGGGUCUGUAUGGCCAAGGGGAUGUAGGCGCUGAACUCUGAACCUUCAGUUCUUGGCAUCUGAUUGGCUUUACGGCCAUACGGACAUUAAACUCAAGAGGUUUCCUUUCCCCCAUGUGAAUUUAGGAAAUUUAGGUCUCAAAGAAUUGGGGAACAAAAAGUUCCCCAAAUCAAACGCAAAACCAAAUGUGAGCUUAGGUUUAUAGGGAUUUCCUUCCUCUUCUUUGGCUACCCCCCUACUCAAGAGUUCAGGAAAAAUGUGCCUCUUUCUAGAGACCAUCUAUCCUACCUUCAUGGGGAGAGGCAGGUAACCUCUGCCCAACAGCCAGAAAAUCAACCCUGGCUUCGCUCCUCAACUCUCCUGUCGUUUUGGCUGAGGUGGCUUGGAUCACUCACACUUCACUGCUUUCUGGAGGAUUCAUAUGACUCAGGCUUGUAAGCACUUCAGUUACCAGAUAACAGCUCUUCCAGAAAGAGCUGGGAUGCCAGGAAGCACUUCCCUUGAAUUGCUGUGUGCUGUUAGCCUGGAUGGGGCACUCCUGUAAACGUCACCCCACCUUCAGACCAUAGGUUACUUUUCCAUCUGAGCAGCUAAAGCUGUCGUGUUGUGGCACUAUUACCUCAUCUAAAAGUUGUCAGGUGUUCCUUUGAAACCUUUGUUUAGAGUAAGAUGUCAACUAAACUAAUGUAAGUGAGGCUGACCUGUGGCCAUGAAUGGAGACAUGGUGACUCCAAACCUGUGGACUGCUCAGGAGGGACACCUGUCCCUGUAAUAGCUCUCAGUGCUAAGACCUCUUAGUGUGCAAAUCUAAGCUCUUUUCUGCUCUCCUGACUUGGAAAUGGUGUGCUUGAAAUGAAAGAAACAAGCAUCAGAUAUUCUUCUUAACAAGAGCUUGCUUUGUGAGAAGGACCAGUGUGACUUAUACACCGAGAUGACAGUGAUGGGGUUACUGGGUUGUCAGCUGGUUUCAGAACCUCACUGGGCAGCACAUUUAGUCAGGCUGUGCAUCGGCACACAUGGACAUGUCUCCACUGCCUGGUGUAUUGGGUAGGAACCUGUGUGGGUGAAAUACUUGAAACUUCUCUGUGGCCCCAAGCCUCUGGCACCACUCUGGUGGGGUGGGAGCUGGGCUACUUUCCUGACCAGUCUGGGGCAUUUCAGCCACUGGUCGUAUUCCUUGCUUCAAACUGAAAUUCAGUUUGGCUUUGAGUAUAGGGACAUGGUGGUGGAUUCAUCUACUUCAGUAUUUGUUUUGACCAAAUGUUUAUUUUUCUAGUGCAUUUUUCUAAGUCAAAGUGGUGAAAAUAUGUAACUUUAGUAUGCAUGACUGGGUCUUAAACAAUAAAAAUUCCUUUAAGGUUGAA